UGUAAUUUAAGCGGUUGUCAGUUGCCACUCGUCUAACGUGUUGCGGUUACAAGUAAAAAUCAUACUCAAUUUUAAUUUUUUUUUCGUUUACCGGUUAGGUUCAAAACUGACGAACUGGAAAAAUGUCUCAAGGAAUGGUUUUUGAAGAUAUAUUUAAUGUAAAAGAUAUAGAUCCAAAUGGCAAACAAUUUGAUCGAGUGAGCCGUUUGCACUGCGAGAGCGAAUCCUUCAAGAUGGAACUGAUAUUAGAUAUCAACUCGUGGAUUUAUCCUAUGGACUUGGGUGAUAAAUUCAGGCUAGUGUUAGCCACCACAUUACGCGAGGAUGGACAACCUGACGCUGGUGAUUGGAACCCCAUAGAAAUGGAUCAAAACGGCUCUAGGGCCGACAGUUUCGAGUAUGUCAUGUACGGCAAGAUUUAUCGGAUCGAAGGUGACGACAAGGUGAAGGAGUCGCACAAAAACAAACUUGCCGCCUACGUAUCAUUCGGAGGAUUAUUGAUGCGGCUGUUGGGCGAUCCAAACAAUUUACACGGAUUCGAAGUGGACCAAUGCGUUUACCUGCUGAUGAAGAAAUUAGCUUUUUAAAGUUAUCUACAGUUAAGAAGGGGGGCUAUAAUAAUUUUACUGAAGAUGAACUAUAUACAUUUUUAUACAAUUAAAAUAUAAGCAUUACAAAUGUAUAUUAUAAUGAA